AUGGCUCUCUCAAAACCAGUAUGGAUGCAAGAAGUCAUUUCAAGCUACUUCAAUGAUUCAAAAGCUCAGCACAUUAUCUCCCAGCUUCUUAUUGCUCCUACUUCCCUUCAGCAUUAUACUUAUCAUCAUGAAGUACUCAGAUAUAAAACAAGAUUGUACAUUGGCAGAUGCAACAAUGUCAGAGCCACCAUAAUUCAAUCCAUUCAUGCAUCUGCUGUUGGGGGUCACUCUGGAAUACAAGCUACUUACAUGAGAGCAAAAGCUCAUUUCUUUUGGACAAAACUGAAGCAGGAUAUGAGCACCUCCUACCAUCGACAAACUGAUGGCCAAACAAAGAGAGUCAAUGCUUGUCUUGAAAAUUAUCUCAGAUGCAUGACAGGCCAUCAACCAAAGCAAUGGGUUCAAUGGUUGACUUUAGCUGAGUGGUGGUAUAACACUAGCUUCCACACUAGCCUCAGAAUGUCUCCUUUUAAAGCACUAUAUGGCGAUGAGGCUCCUCAUUUAGCUUUUCCUUCAUCCACUACUUCUUCUGUGGCAUCAGUUGAGCAGUACUGA